AUGAAGCCCUGGAUACGGGAUCAGUAUGCCUACAUGCCAAAAGCUUCGACCACUGUCGCUCUUCUGAAAGUGUACCAGUCCUGGUUGCAAAGUUUAGACACCAAGAAGACAUCAAUGGUCCGUGUGCUCCUGGCUGAUAUGUCAAAGGCUUUUGACAGAGUCGACCACGGAAUACUGCUACAACAUCUGGAUGCCCGUGGUACGCCCCCUAGGAUGCUUGCUUGGAUCUCCAGCUAUCUAUCCAGCAGGACCCAACGCGUGGUCGCCAACAACCAGUACAGCAGUUGGCGCGUUGUCACCUCUGGGGUCCCCCAAGGUGGGGUGCUAUCCCCUUACCUAUUUCUUGUGUACAUGUCUACAAGAACCACCAAGUAUGAGACCACCGAUAACACCGGCUACGCUGAUGAUAUAGGUCUGUCUCGCACCAUCCCCUGUGAUGCUGUCGAGACUGAUGACACCAUGCAACAAGAAGCCUCACAACUGGACUCCUGGGCAGCGGACAAAAACAUGAUCAUGAAUGGGGACAAAUCCUACGAACUCAGACUGUGCUUCUCCAAACACCCUCCCGAGCCCCCUCCCCUUACUCUUGGGGGGAAAGUAGUGCCAGUCGUUGACUGUGCGACUUACCUGGGUUUUAAGGUACAUUCCAACCUCAGAUGGGACAGCCAUAUCACACAUGUGACAACGAAGGGCUCCAAACGACUACACCUUCUCCGCUUACUGGCCAAGGGCGGCAUGCCUCCUGAAGACCUGUUAACCGUCUACACUACUCUGGUGAGGCCAGUGUUGGAAUAUGCCCACGUUGUCUUCGUUGGAUGCACUGAGUCUCAAAGGAACACUCUCGAACGCGUACAGAAACGAGCUCUGCGUAUCAUCUACGGACACAGCAGCAAUCCAGCGUCGUUAGCUCCCUUGCCCACCCUGCAGUCCAGACGAGAAAACGCUGCAAGAUCGCUAUACACGCAGAUGCUGGCCAGUGACCAUCCUUUGCACUUUAUGGUCCCUGACGACAGGGAGAUUGCGACAGGACGAACAUUGCGUAACUCCAGUCACCGAACACUACCUAAAUGCAGGACCGAAAGACUCAAACGAUCAUUCUUGUACCGAGCCACAGUGCUCCACAACAACUCGUUUUAA